AUGUUUACGGUGGCCCAGUUUUUUGAAAAACAGCAGCUGCGUGUGCUGGCUGUUCCGGUUUCUUGGUUGCGAGAUGGGUUUCUUAUGUGGCCAAAAAUACCUUCUAAUGAAAAAUUGGACAAGCUUCGCAUGGAAGGUGUUGAGUUUAAUGGUGCAACGAAAAGAAUUCCGGCUAUCUCGAGCCGCAAAUACAAAAGUUCUCAAGCGGCGGAAGCUGCAGCGGAAGAGCUGUUGAAGCAAGAUGUGUCGGAUAUCGAAGCCAAGCGGAAGUUGCUGAAACAUCGUAAGGACGAAGCAUCAAAACCUCGACCCCUCAAGGAUUACAACAAAGUCAUUCAAGAAAUUUCGUCAUCAAAGAAGGCUUUGCAGUUUAAAUCAGAUCACCGGGUACAACAGAAACACAAUUUGGAAGAUCAAGUUGCAGGGCCGUCCUACGUAUUGCACACGUCAGCACAGGAAUGUGCUUCCGAGUUCACUGAAACUCAAGUUCAAGCAAAAUGUCUUCAAAGACAAAACCACGCUACACCGAAAAAGGAACUGUGCGUUAGACCAGGUCAGCUGGCUAAAGUUGAUGAUACUCGACACAUGACUACUCCCAAUCCCGUGAUAACCUUUCAAGCCUGUGAAUCCCAGGUGGCAGUGAAAAGUUCAACGACAAACACAGCUAAGAAACCUAUUUCUGUAACCCAACCACAUUCAAGCCAACAAUUCAAUGCAUCUCAAGCUGUCCAAAGGCCACGAAUGAAGGCAGACCAUUUAACAUGUUCGGCUUCAUCAGCUAUGAUGUCAGAGAGUCAACAAGACCAGCCUGUAUUUGUUUCUGAUGACAACAUCAUAUACAUAAAUACACCAUCAGCUGGCGCUGAGGCUAUUGAAUUGUCAAACAUUCAAGUGGAUUCGUUGCAAGAAGCAAAAGCAGCUGUAUUGUCAUUACAGUCCGAGAUGGUAGCGCUUGGUGCCGCAGUGGCCACUUUGAGAAACGAUAUGACCUCCAUUCGAACCGAAAUUACCCACAUGAAGGAUGAUAUUGUUAAUGCAAUCAGAGGGACGAUUCGUCAAGUGGUCGUAGAUUGUCUAGAGGAAAGUUUGCCUCGAUUCGCGACAAUGAUUGAGAUCGACAAAAGAUACCCAGUUGCACCACAGGAAGGAAAGUUGGUCGGAGAGCACAAGCACAUUAACGACGAAGACGAGUUGCUCAGUUUCAACAAGAUUCUGGCCAGCAAACAAGUGUUUGAGGACUAUGUCAAAUAUUUUACGAAAAUUAUUCCUCCUGCUACAUAUUAUGAAAAGGGCGACUCGGCGUGCUAUUUAAUAGUUGACUGUUUGUUCACGCGCACGUUCUGGAAUAGUUUUACUUGGACUGGCAUCAACAGAGGGAAUAAAUCGAAACGCGGAUUUCGCGAGUUCGUCAAUGUUCUUCAACUGCUUCUUGCAAUUGUGAGUGUAGGAGAUCCAACAUAUAGCAGCAUUAAAUUGGAAUCAUUCUGCAAGAACCGACUAUUCCGGUACUCGAAGGCCAGGUCAUCUAGUAAACAGCCGAGGAAGUCUACGUGCCGCAAAACAAGGAUCAAGAAAUGUAAAGUAGACGAAGGCGCUGAACAGGUUUAUGAUGAAGAUCGCGAUGAUAUGCCGCUCAAUAAUAUGACAACUGAUUCCAACAAUGAUGAGUCAUCUGCCGAAUCCGAUUAUGAUGCUGAAAUGGAAUCUCAUGUCGAUAUUUUAAUGCAGUCUGACGAGGAUUAAAACCGAAAAUUUUCAUACUAUAAAUCCGUUUGAGUUUGCUAAUUUAUUAAUAAGACUUUUAUUAUAACAAAUUCAUUAUACUACAUAUAAGGAAACAAUUUGAUACAUAUUAUUAGAGAGAAUCAGUAGAUUAUUUUCCCUUUUUUAUUCAAAAGUAUGAAUAAGAGGAACAAAUAUAA